AUGUUAUUAGAUAAAGUAUAUCAGAACGAACAAGAAAUUGAUUGCAGCAAUGUUUUUCUAGAUCCAUAUGCUCAACUUCUCCUUGAGGCUAUGAAGCAGUCGGGCUGCACUGUCUUCAAUGACCGUCAUUUUUCUUGUGAAGACUGUGAUGGCUGUGUCAGUGGAGGCUUUGACUCUGCCACAUCCCAGAUUGUUCUGUGUCAGAACAACAUUCGCCAUCAAUCCCAUAUGAACCGAGUGGUUACACAUGAGUUGAUUCAUGCUUUUGAUCACUGCCGUGCACAUGUGGACUGGUUUAAAAAUGUCAAACACUUAGCUUGUUCAGAGAUUCGAGCUGCUAAUCUUAGUGGAGACUGUACACUGAUGAAUGAAAUAGCUAGAUUUAAAUUUGGAUUGAAAGGACACCAUCAGACUUGUGUACGGGACAGAGCCAUCCGUUCCAUUCUGGCUGUUAGAAAAGUUAGCAAAGAAACGGCAGAGAAAGCUGUGGAUGAAGUUUUUGAUGCCUGCUUCAAUGAUCUGGAACCCUUUGGAAGAAUCCCACACAGUAAAAAAGAUGCAAAACGUGCUUAUAGAGACUUUCAGAACAGAGAUCGCUAUAAUGCUAAUGUGUAAAGGAAAAAAGAAGUGAAAAAUUAUGGUAAUAUCUGAUCUUUCUACAACACAGGGGGUUAUAGUCUACACACAUGGUGCUGGUGGAAAGGGCAGUGCUAUCACAUGUGUCA